ACCACUGCGCGCCUCACGGGGGGGGGGAUCGAGCUUGUGCACGUGCACGAAAGUGUGUGUAUAUGUGUGUGCGUGGGGGGGAUGCUCCUCCGGAAUCACAUCGCGAGGGCAUGGAGGCGCGUGCGUUGCAGCAGAGGCGUCACAAUGGUUUAGAGAAGAUAUCUCCACGCUCCUCUUUGGCUUUUUGUUACAGCACACAAGAGUUGUCUGACGCAUUUUGGACUCGUCUUUUCUUCCCCCCCCCCCACACACAAAUGGAUGAUGAGAGUCAACGAUGGCAGCCUUCAAGAGGAUCGGAACCCCCCUCAAACAUCUGAGCAGCUCCUCUCAGCCUGAGGGACAUCUAAUGGAGGACUUUUGGUGCAAAUAUGAACAAAGACACUUACCCGUGUAACUUUAUGUAGGUCACACGUGACCCCCUCCCUCCUCAUAUCAAGUGUCUUUGCAACAUUUUAAAAAGCAGCACUUGACGAUCCAGUGGAAGGCACCCACCUUCAUCACCAUCAUCACCUCCACCACGAUGCUCCGCGCCGUACCCACCGACAACGGCGGCACCCGCGGGACAUCGCGCUCACUCGGCGGCCAGUGAAGGCGAGUGAUGCCGGACACGCUGACUGUCCUCCACAACCGCUCGGAGGAGCCGCGGCUGGGCCAGCUGGAGCGGGCGCUUGCCGCGGAGGAGAGCGGCCGCCCCGCCUGGGUCAUCGCCAUCCUGGCCAGCGUUCUGAUCUUCACCACGGUGGUGGACGUACUGGGCAACCUGCUCGUCAUCAUCUCCGUGUUCCGCAACCGAAAGCUGAGGAACUCUGGAAACGUGUUUGUGGUGAGUUUGGCCUUUGCCGACCUUGUGGUGGCAUUCUACCCGUACCCUCUGGUUCUCUACGCUCUCUUCCAUGACGGAUGGGCGCUAGGAAACACUCAAUGCAUGGUCAGCGGUUUCCUCAUGGGCCUGAGCGUCAUCGGCUCCAUCUUCAACAUCACGGGCAUCGCGGUGAACAGAUACUGCUACAUCUGCCACUCUUUCUCCUACAGCCGGCUGUACAGCUACCGCAACACGCUGCUGUUUGUCGCCUUAAUAUGGCUGCUCACCGUGGUGGCCAUCGUGCCCAACUUCUUUGUGGGCUCGCUGCGCUACGACCCCCGCGUCUACUCGUGCACCUUCGCCCAGAAUGUCAGCAGCUCCUACACGGUGGCGGUGGUGGUGGUGCACUUCCUGGUGCCCAUUGCCGUGGUCACCUUCUGCUACCUACGCAUCUGGAUUCUUGUGAUUCAGGUGCGACGUAAAGUCAAGACGGAGGAGAGUCCCCGCCUCCGACCCAGUGACCUCCGCAACUUCAUCACCAUGUUUGUGGUCUUCGUGCUCUUCGCCAUCUGCUGGGCGCCGCUCAACCUAAUCGGCCUGGCAGUGGCCAUCAACCCGUCCCGCGUGGGCCCGCUCAUCCCCGAGUGGCUGUUUGUGGUCAGCUACUUCAUGGCGUACUUCAACAGCUGUCUCAACGCAGUCAUCUAUGGCCUGCUCAACCGCAACUUCAGGAACGAGUACAAGCGUAUCGUCACCUCCGUGUGGGUGACGCGGCUCUUUGUCACGGAGACGUCACGGGCUGCCACCGACGGUCGCAGCCUGCGCAGCAAGCAGUCGCCACCGCCAGCACUCAACAACAACGAGUCGCUCCGGGAUCGCACAAACAAAGACUGAAAAAAAAAAACACACCGAACUAAAUCAUUGUUUUCUUCAAGUGCUCAUUUCGUGAAGACUGCUGAGAGGCUGCAUCCCGGGAGAACUGAGCUGUGGGUCGCGCCUCGCUGCCAUUUCCACGACGACUCCAAAAAAACAAUGUGAAUGCUACAUUAAGACCACAUGACACGUGUGAUGUGCUUUCUCACGUGUGUUUCACUACGACAACUGCAACUUCCAAAGCCUCAAAUUGUCCAACUCGCUUCACUUGAAUGCCACCUUAGUAACAAAAAAUCACAAGAGUUGAUGUCAUGGUGCAAUGUGCUCUCUUGAGAAUUUAGUAGGAAGUGAUUUAAAAAAAAAAAAAACAGCCCCAGAAGCCUUGUAAAAACACGGCGACAUACUGCGCUGAAGACGCUAUAAGAUAUGUCACUUUUCUACUCAUGAUGGUGCACUUUUUUGUAGGAAAUCCUACUAAAUUCUCGCAAGAGCAGCUUCCGGAUGUGCAAACUGUACCAUCCAAUGCUGGCUGGAGUCAGCGCAGCACUCAGAAGGACCAGAAACGUAGUAAUGCUUAGUAAAAACACAAUCAGGAUUUUCCACAAACAAUGUGUGAGCAAACAUGGCACAAACAAACUGCAUGUGGUGUAGCAGGCUGAGGACGCCUCCUGUCUAAAGCAGGGGUGUCCAUACUUUCCCCAGUCAAGGUCACAUCCAGAAAAAUUAAAUGAUGGCGUGGAUCACUUUGACACAUCGUGUACAUUAUAGGUGCUAAAAGCAAUCCAGUAUAGGCCAGUACAGUCAUCAAGGUUAAUUGGUUCCAGAGCCAACCGUGAUAAGUAAAAUUCCACAAAGUAGGAUUCCCUCAGGAAUAUUUUUGUAGUUAGAAAGUUCAGAAUUUGUAGCAUAGAAAAUCUGUUUGCCACCUUCUAAAUACGUUUUUGGCAGAGGCGUGGCCGCACGGUGCUCUAGUGGUUAGCAUGUUGGCCAACACAGUAACAGUCUGGAGAUCGGGAACACCUGGGUUCGAUUCUGCCCUGGGCAUUUCUAUGUGGGGUUUGCAUGUUCUCCCCGUGCGUGCGUGGGUUUUCUCCGGGUACUCGGUUUCCUCUCACAUUUCAAAAUCAUGCAUGUUAGGUUAAUUGGAGACUCUAAAUUGUCCAUAGGUAUGAAUGAAUGUGAGCAUGAAUGGUUGUUGUUCUUUAUAUGUGCCCUGCAAUUGGCUGGCGACCAGCCCAGGGUGUACCCCGCCUGUCGCCCGAAGUCAGCUGGGAUAGGCUCCAGCAUACCCCCGCGACCCUAAAGAGGAGAAACGGUAUAGAAAAUGGAUGGAUGGAACAUUAUUAGAGCCAUCGAGACAUGAAAUAACACCCAUAUAGGCACCUUUACGCUCAUAACCCCCAAUAUGGCAGACAUAAUCAAAGAAAAUAAGACAUAAUACAGACGCAAUCAUGUUAGCAUUGGGAGAGUUCCCUGUUGUUGUUUCCUUUUUUUUUUUUUUACUUACGGGAUUUCCUGGUGGCUAAUUAACAUUACUGACACCUAGUGACUCGUGUAGAAUAUUACAUAUCAACGUGUCUUUCAGUGCAUUUUCUGAAUGUCUUAAAUUUGUAUUCUAGUUCAUUUAAUCAUUUUUAUGCUUGAAACUGCUUAGAGUACGUCAAAAAUCUGUAAAAUUCGCUCAAAGGUGUAUAUUUUUGACUAAUAAUAGGCUGUAGUCAAUCACAGAGCAUCAGGAUCUAUUAAUAAAUAUAUUUUGAAAAAAACGUGAUCGAGUGAAGCCGUGAAAUUUGAAGUGCGGUGUGGCAAGGGACGACUGUACAGUAUAUGCUAGGCAAUCUAUCUAAGUUUUGUGUUUUAGCCGACAAAGCAAAUUUGUAUAAUAUCUAACAAUAUACCUCAUUAAAAUCAAUUUAUUUUAUUUUCAGAACAUGCCAAGGCACGAUAAAAAAAAAGAACUGUGAGCCAAAAAUGGCCGCCGGGACACACUGUGGUCACCCCUGAUUGAAAUGCAUUAUGUCCAUUAGCAAUGUGUGGUGUAGACCCUGCGUAAGAUUGUGUCAAUAAGAUUUCUAAUUAAAGGUAAACAGCAGUGGAUUUAAAGCUACUAAAUAAAUAGGAUUUAACUAUAAAAACACUGCAUUCUAAUCAGCUCAGUCCCCAUUAUGCUGUCAUUCUUUUCAAACUCCUAAAUUCAGGAGUUCAUUGUUUAUUGUUGUAAAAUGCAAUGAUAGUAAUAGUAGUAAUGAUAUCAUGCUCAAUACACUAUAAUAUAAUAAUCUAUAUUACAGAAUGCCAUAUUGCAGAUAGAUUUUAUAUGAAGUAUAUCUUUUCCACUUCAUAGCAGAGGUGUCCAAAGUUCUCUGCAAUUUUUGAAAAAAUUUGCAGCCCGUUGCUCAUCCUAUAAUGGCCCAUUUAAAAAGCAACAUUAACACAGCCGGUAUCAUUAAAGCCCUACUUUAAUUGCCUUUAACUGACUAUCCAAAAAAAAUCUAUGUAAAAAAGUAUGUAUUAUUGUUUUUAUAUGUACAGUAUGUAUUAAUAUAUUUAUUAAUAUUACUGUAUAAUUAUAAAUGCAAGGAAACAAAAAAAAUAACAGGAAAAAUGGGGGGAAAAAAGAGAAAAUCAAUUGUAUAUAUGUACAAUCCAAAAGUUUGGACACACAUUUGCAUUCAAGUUGUUUUCUUUAUUUUCGUGAUUAUUUACAUUGUAGAUUCUCAAAACCAUGAAUGAACACGUGAAAUGAUGUACUUAACAAAAAAGUGUGAAAUAAUUAUUAUAUUUUAGACAUAUAUUUUAUUUAUUUAUUUAUUUAUUUUAUGAUAGCGCAGCAAACCCUUGGUGUUCUCUCAAUGAGAUUCGUGAGGUAGUCACCUGAAAUGGUUUUCACUUCAUAGGUGUGCCUUGUCAGGGUUACUUAGUGGAAUUUCUUGCCUUAUUAAAGGGGUUUUGUUGUGUGUGUCCAAACAUUUGGCCUGUACUGUAUACAGACAUACAGUGUUGUGAAAAAGUGUUUCACCCGUCCUGAUUUAUUUUUUUUUGCUUGUUUGUCACAGUUACAUGUGAAAUAUGAAAUUAAAAUAUUAGUCAAUAUUCGUCAAUGACAACACAACUGAACACAAAGUGCAGUUUUUAAAUGAAACGUUUUAUUAUUGCGGGAGAAAAAAAAUGCAAACAUACAUGGCCCUGAGGGAAAAAGUGAUUGUCCCCUAAACCUAAU